CCACUCAAUUGUGACUUGUGAGUUGUCCCUCGGUCCCUCCACCGCCCCUAAAUAUCCUAAUCCGCUUAAACCUUCCUUAAAACUUCCGGAAAAUCUCUAUAAACCUUAGCAUCGUUUGUUUCUUGAGGGUUUUUAUUUUUAUUUAAUCCCUUAUUUUACAUCUCCGAUCAAUAUAAAUUCAGUUCCAAUGCAUUAAUUACCAAUCGAUAAUCCUCACUGUUCAGCAGUCAUGGCUGAAAUCGCCAAACUCGUGGAGUUUCUCUUCGAAGAGAAGGCACCGAAGGAUUUCUUUCAGAGAUUUCGCUCUGAUUCAAUCAAAGUUGGUUUGGAGAACUUCUAUUUGAUCCUUAAACAAGGAAAUGCGGAGAUCGGUGAUGAAAGAGUAGGUCUGGAAAGUUGGAAUCACUCGCAGAUUAAAUCAGUGGUGUCGAUUGCAAAGUCAAUUGUUACAGCGAUUCGAUCUCUUUCACUUGAACAUGCGGAGCCGAUAAUUGUGGCUAUCGUUCAGGAGUCUUUGGAGUUCUGUUCUUGUUGUCUGGAGAAGCUGACUUCUAGCAGUAAUGAUUUAUCCCUUCAGAAUAAUGUGGUAGAACUGUUGGAGUUGGCACUGGUUGAUGAAAUGAACAGGGAAACUGAAACGCCAGAGCCUUGUUCUGCAAGUUCGCUUGUAGAACCAUUGCCUGUGGUUGUUAAAUCUGGUGGUGUGGAGUUGGACUACCACACUAGAUGCAGUCUGCAAGGGUUCAAUUGCUCAAGGGAAGAGAAGCCAAUGGAUCGGGUUCUGAUGACUUUAGCUUCCGAAUUUCUGCAACCUGAUGGUCAGGCACCACGAUUUACUGAACUUGCUUUCCACCAGGAUUCGAAUAACAUGAUUUUCCUAUCUCAACAUUGGGCAGUUGUUCAUGCGAGAUGCAUACCGCGCCUCAUUAUGCUUUCUAAAAACCUGCUUGAGCCACCAAACUCAUAUGAUGAACAGCCAGAGUGUGUAAAUUUUCUCCCAAAACUGUCCUUCAGUUUAAGAAUUUUGAAGUUGCUUGGGAAUAUUGUGAAGAACAUCCCAUACAUCGAGUAUGAUGCAGACAUUUUGCAAGCAGUUGCUUCCUAUGCUGAUGCACUGCCUAGGCUUUUCAGACCAAAUAUUGAUUUUGUGAAUUACUUCUCUUCUGCUGAAAAUACUUAUGAGAGCAUCAUAAUUUCACUUUUGGAAGAGUUUCUUCAUUUUUCUCAAGUUACUUUCUGUGAUGGGAACAUCUUUCAGAAUAUCCGGACAUGCGUUGUUGCUUCUAUGUUGGCAAUUUUGGAUUCCAGUGUAUGGAGAUGCAACAAAUCUGCUGCUACCCCAAAACCCCCAUUGGUUUAUUCUCCUCGAAGUGUUGUCCAGUUUUUGAACCUCAUUGGGGAGGUUAAAAAGUAUGCUUCUUCGCUAUCUUUUGACUUGAAGGAGAAAUUUGACACAAGACGCUUAGAUUGGAGCACUGGCUCUGCGAUAAAUGAUCCGUCAUGCUGUGUUUGUUCAGAGAAGGUCUCUUUGCUCAGAAAGUACAGAUGUGAGGAACUAUUGCAGCUAAUGUUUUCUUCUUCGCGUCAGUGGUUAGAUGAUUUAAUUCAUCUUGCUUUUUUCCUCCAUUCAGAAGGAGUGAAGGUAAGGGCAAAAUUAGACAGAUCAUAUUCCAGUUGUACAAAAACAGGUGGCAGCUCUGAAUCCGAGAGUGUAGUUUGCCAUGAAGAUGAAGCCCUUUUUGGAGACCUUUUCUCUGAAGCUGGGCGUACUGUUGGAUCUACGGAUGGGCAUGAUCAACCUUCUGUGGCAGUUAAUUUCUCCAGUUAUUGCUACUUGCCACUUCAAGCUGCAACAGAACUGUUAAACUUUAUAAAAGUGUUCAUAUUUUCUGCUGAGUGGAGUAAUUCUGUUUAUGAGGAUGCCUGCAAGAAACUCAACAAGAGCCAUAUAGUUUCAUUACUUACCAUACUCAACUGCCAAGCCUGUUUGGCAGAGGAAAAGGCUUCUGAGAGUGGCGCAGGAUUUCCUUCACAAAGAAAGUUCGGGCAUAUUAAUGAGAUCUGCUUCGAGCUCUUGCAUGGACUUCUCAUUCGCCAUGCAUUGUCUGGUUCGCUUGAAGAAGACCUUGUUGAUCAAAUCCUGACCGUGCAGAGUGGUGUCUUUGUAUACAAUGAUCAUACUCUUGCACUCUUAGCUCAGACUCUUAUUUGUGGGGUUGGCUUGGCUGGUAGCCAGUUGACAACCAAAAUUUACAAGGGAUAUGUAGAUUUUAUCAUUGCGAAGGCAAACAAUAUUGAGUCAAAAUGUCCCAGCCUUAAGGAACUUCUUGGAACUCUUCCUUGUAUUUUUCACAUUGAGGUUCUCCUUAUGGCAUUCCACUUAACCCCUGAUACUGCAAAGGCACCUCUGGUGAAUUUUGUAUUUUCUUCACUAGGAGCAAUUGAUGCUCCUAAAGCUGGAUUUAACAGCAUGCAAUUAUCAUGUUGGGCUUUGCUAGUUUCAAGGCUGGUUUUGGUGCUGCGUCAUAUCCUAUCUUACCCAUCUACUUGCCCGCCAUGGUUACUACGGGACUUGAAAUCCAAGUUAAGAGUAGCCUCAUUUACUGGACCUGCCCUUUCUACUCAUGUAAAUGAUCAUCUUUUGUCAUGGACAUCCAUCGUAGUAGAGAAUAUAAUGGGUGAAGUUGUUAAAGAAGACUCUGCCAUUAGCGGCUUGCUUGACCAGCUGAUUGAUGUUGCCUCCUUUCCUGCUUUAGUCUGCAGAGAUGAUCUGGCCUGUGAACGUUUUUGCUUGAGUUUUCAUGAUGUAUAUAACUCCUUUUCAUGGAUUAUGGGCUUUUGGAGAGGUAGAAAAGCUGAAACAGUUGAAGACCUCAUACUUGAAAGAUACAUAUUCUUACUUUGUUGGGAUACUUCUGCCAUGGUCUUGGGCCAUGUGCUUCCUCUCAGGGAGAAGUUGCAGAUUCCUGAUAUUUCAUACAUGGAAUACUUCUUUUUCCUCAGUCAUUUACUUUUAAGUGACUCUGGUGCCCUUGGCAAAGAUGAGAGCCUUGUAGGAGUCGUAGUUAGUUUGCUUAAACAGUUUGAUGCUGUUUCUAAAGCAGAUGACAUUGUUGAAAUUGACUGGGAUUUCUUGAGGGGUGGAGCAUUGUUGUCUCUUGUACUAUCCUUGCUUCAAGCUGGUAUCUGUUGUUAUUCUGUAAAGAACGCUAUCCCUGGAGUAGAUAAUCUCUGGAUGGAGCACACAUCCAAGGAUGCUGAAUUUUUCACUCUUGCUGAAAGCCUGGUUGGUACUGUAUUUCAGGAUAAUCAGGUUUCAUGGCUACUCAAGGUACUGUCAUCUUUGUUAAAGAGAUAUUUGCAGGUUCUUCAAGAAGCUUUUCUUUCAACCUUUGACUGUAGCAGUUCCCAAGUCUACAGAUUUUCACCUCUGCUGCUUCUUAAAAACACGGGAUUUGACAAAUGCACACAGGAUGAGCUUCUUGAGAAAAGUGGGUUGAAUCCUUGCCAGGUGGAGUCUGUUUACAAUCUCUUGUCUAAGUUGGAUGGUGUCAUUACAAAAAAAGGACCAGGAAAUAUGAUGAAAAUAUUUUUGGGAUGUCUAAUACAUGGUUUUCCAUCUUAUCCUCAAGCUGCCAGUGGAAUUCUUCUCUCGAGUAUUCUGAUUAUAAAGGAAAUUGUAUGCAUUUUAGAUAGUUUGCUCAGAAUCAAAGAAGCAGGGGUGAAUAUUUCUCUUGAGGCUGAGGUGGUUCAACAACUUCUUGAUUCUGUAAUGACUGUCAAGUCUGACAAGAUCUUUCACUGCCUUCAUGCAAAAUGUGAAGCUAUUCUUCAUAGUUUGAGUGCAUGUCCAGAAUGGUUGGACUAUAGUUCUUUGUUUCUAUUGAAGCAUAUGGAAGGGUUAGUAAGGGACAUCAACUCCAGAGAAGUUGAUGGUGAUACCCGUGAAUGGAUAAUUAUUAAGACUGUUGAUACCAUGGAGGAUCUCAAGAAGGAUCCUUCAAAGGCAGUUGUCUUCAAAUUUUAUCUGGGUGGAGAUGGAGAUGUCUCUGAGCAAGCCAAGGAGCUUUAUGGUGGGCAACGUGGCAAUUUAUUGGUUCUCAUUGAUGCGUUGGAUAAAUAUCACUCUGAAGGAGCUAAUGUGAGGGUUUUUAACUUCUUGGUUGAUCUUUUAUCUGGAGACCUUUGUCCUGGUCUCAAACAGGAUGUGCAAAAGAAGUUCAUUAGAAUGGAUUUGCCAAGCUUAUCCAAUUGGUUGGAAAAGAGGCUCUUAGGAUGUACCAGUGAACCUUCGGCUAGCAUCACGACUUCACUCAGAGAAUCAACCAUGAAUUUUAUUACAAGUCUCACUACUCGGUUUUCGGACGUGCAAUCAAGAGAAGAACUUCACAAUCAUUUUAUGGAAGCCAUGCUGAUGUCGCUUGAUAUUGCAUUUAUGUCUUAUGAUAUUCACACUGCCAAAGCCUACUUCUAUUUUAUUGUUCAACUUUCUAACGGGGAAUCUUCGAUGAAGCAGCUUCUGAAGAAGACAGUGAUAUUGAUGGAUAAAUUGGCUGCUGAUGAAAGUCAUGUUCAAGGGCUGAAGUUUCUCUUUGGCUUUCUUGGCUCUGUUUUGAGUGGUUGUGGGGCUAUGAAGAACAUACUGGAUAAGUUUCCUGGAAAGCAUUCAUCUAGCAAUAGUCUUGGGGUGGGAUCUGUGGUUUCAAGACCAGUAGGUCCAAGAAAAAACUCAGAGACUUUAAUUCUUUCUGCAAAUCAAGAAAGGGGGUCUGCAUCCCUUGAUUGUGAUGCUACAUCAGUCGAUGAAGAUGAGGAUGAUGGUACAUCAGAUGGUGAUCUGGCUAGCAUAGACAAAGACGAUGAGGAGGAGAGUAACAGUGAAAGGGCACUGGCCUCUAAAGUCUGCACGUUUACAUCUAGUGGUAGCAAUUUUAUGGAACAGCACUGGUAUUUUUGUUACACUUGUGAUCUAACUGUUUCAAAAGGCUGUUGCUCUGUUUGUGCCAAGGUUUGUCAUCGUGGGCAUCGUGUUGUCUAUUCCCGUUCAAGUCGCUUUUUUUGUGAUUGUGGUGCUGGGGGAGUCAGAGGAAGCAGUUGUCAAUGCUUGAAGCCCCGCAAGUACAGUGGAAGCAAUAGUGCACCACCUCGUGGGUCUGGUAAUUUUCAGUCUUUCUUGCCCUUCUCAGAUGAUGGAGAUCAACUUCCAGACAGUGAUUCGGAUUUGGACGAUGAUUUAUAUGUAGACAUGGACAACUCUUUCAAGUUAUCUAUUCCAGGAGAGGUUCAAGAAGGAAUCCCAGCUUUACUUGAAGAGCUUAAUGUGGAGGGUCGGGUGCUUGAACUUUGUAAUAAACUGUUGCCUUCAAUAAUUAGUGGUCGAGAUUCAAACCUCUCGAAAGAUAAGAAAGUACUUCUGGGUGAUGAUAAGAUGCUUUCUUAUAGUGUUAAUCUUCUGCAAUUGAAAAAGGCAUAUAAAAGUGGAUCGCUGGACAUGAAGAUAAAGGCAGAUUAUUCAAAUGCAAGGGAACUCAAAUCACAUCUAGCCAGUGGUUCUCUCAUGAAGUCUUUGCUUAGUGUCAGUAUUCGAGGCAGACUUGCCACUGGAGAGGGCGACAAAGUUUCUAUAUUUGAUGUUGAUCAGCUUAUAGGGCAGGCUUCUGCACCAGUUACUGCAGAUAAGACCAACAUUAAGCCUCUUUCUAAGAAUGUUCUUCGCUUUGAAGUUGUGCAUCUUUUAUUUAACCCUGUUGUGGAGAAUUAUCUUGCUGUGGCAGGCUACGAGGAAUGCCAAAUUCUCACUGUGAAUCAUCGUGGUGAGGUGACUGACCGUCUACCCAUUGAACUUGCAUUGCAAGGUGCUUAUAUACGACGAAUUGAUUGGGUUCCAGGUUCUCAGGUCCAACUAAUGGUAGUCACCAACAUGUUUGUCAAGAUAUAUGAUCUAUCCCAGGAUAACAUCAGCCCCGUGCACUACUUCAUGUUGUCUGAUGAUUUGAUUGUGGAUGCAACACUGGUUGUUGCUCCUCAAAAAAGAGUAUUUCUUCUUGUUCUGUCUGAACGUGGAUGCUUAUUCAGGCUGGAGUUGCAGAUUGAAGGUGAUGUUGGGGCCAAACCAUUGAAAGAAGUAAUCCAGGUUGAGGAUAAGUACAUCCAGUCAAAGGGCCUGUCUUUGUAUUUUUCCACAACAUAUAGAGUACUUUUUGUAUCAUAUCAAGAUGGAACAACCUUGAUUGGCCGGUUGGAUGCUAAUGCAACAUCUCUGACUGAGGUAUCUGCUGUGUACGAGGGUGAACAAGAUGGUAAGUUGAAACCAGCGGGACUACACCAUUUGAAAGAGUUGCUGGCUGGUAGUGGGUUAUUUGUUUGCUUCUCAAAUGUGAAAUCAAAUGCUGCACUCUGCAUAUCAAUGGGUUCUCAAGAGUUGCUUGCACAGAACAUGAGGCAGACAGUAGGCGCCACAUUGCCUUUGGUUGGGAUAACGGCUUACAAGCCCUUAUCCAAAAAUAAAGCUCACUGCAUUCUUUUACAUGACGAUGGAAGCCUUCAUAUCUACUCACAUGUUCCAGCAGGUGCUGAUAGUGGAGCAACUGUGACUUUAGAUCAAGCAAAAAAAUUGGGAUCUGGCAUUCUUAGCAGUAAAGCUUGUGCUAGUGUAAAUCCAGAGUUUCCUCUUGAUUUUUUUGAGAGAACAGUUUGCAUCACAGCAGAUGUGAAACUCAGUGGUGAUGCUAUCAGAAACAGUGAUUCUGAAGGAACUAAGCAAAGCUUGGCCUCAGACGAUGGUUUUCUUGAAAGUCCUAGCCCUGCAGGGUUUAAGAUAACUGUGUCCAAUCCAAAUCCUGAUAUAGUCAUGGUGGGUUUCCGCAUUCAUGUGGGCAAUACAUCAGCAAAUCAUAUUCCUUCUGAUAUUACCAUUUUCCAGAGAGUCAUCAAACUGGAUGAAGGCAUGCGUUCAUGGUAUGAUAUUCCAUUUACUGUUGCUGAGUCACUCCUUGCUGAUGAAGAAUUUACAAUCUCUGUUGGCCCAACCUUCAACGGUUCUGCUUUACCCAGAAUUGAUUCCUUGGAAGUGUAUGGCCGAUCUAAGGAUGAUUUUGGUUGGAAAGAGAAAAUGGAUGCAGUGUUGGAUAUGGAAGCACAUGUGCUAGGUUCUGGUUCUGGUGUAGUAGAACCUGGGAAGAAGCGUCAUUCCAUGCAUUCUGCUUCAAUUCAGGAGCAGGUUGUUGCGGAUGGACUUAAGUUGUUAUCUAGGUUUUAUUCAUUGUGCAGAUCUAAGGGAUCUUUGGGAAUUGAGGAAGUAAAACAGGAGAUGAGCAAACUCAAAUGCAAUCAGUUACUGGAGACAAUAUUUGAAAGUGACAGGGAGCUGUUAUUGCAGGCUGCUGCUUGCUGUGUUCUGCAGGCUGUGUUCCCAAAAAGGGACAUAUACUAUCAUGUUAAGGAUGCCAUGCGCCUUUCUGGUGUGUUUAAAUCCUCCCUUGUCCUCGCUUCAAGGCUGGGAGUAGGUGGUGCCACAGCGGGAUGGGUAAUUGAAGAGUAUACUGCCCAGGUGCGUGCAGUCUCAAAGAUUGCAUUGCACCGUCGCUCAAACUUGGCCACAUUUCUGGAGACCAAUGGUCCUGGAGUAGUGGAUGGAUUAAUGCAGGUUCUUUGGGGAAUUUUGGAUAUAGAGCAACCUGACACACAAACUAUAAACAACAUUGUUAUUCCCACUGUGGAGCUCAUUUAUAAUUAUGCUGAAUGCCUGGCUUUACAUGGGAAUGGUGCAGCUGGACGCUCUGUUGCACCAGCUGUUGUGUUACUCAAGAAACUACUCUUUUCCCCUUAUGAGGCUGUUCAGACCUCCAGCAGCUUGGCCAUAUCGUCAAGAUUAUUGCAAGUUCCAUUUCCGAAGCAGACUAUGUUAGCAUCAGAUGAUGUGGCAGAGAAUUCAGUAGCUGCUCCUGUGAAUUCUGAGAUCGGUAAUGCUACAGGUGGACAUACGCAGGUCAUGAUUGAAGAAGAUUCUACUACUUCAUCUGUUCAGUUCUGCUGUGAUGGUUGCUCUACUGUUCCAAUACUUCGACGCCGUUGGCAUUGUACAGUGUGCCCAGAUUUUGAUCUGUGUGAGGCUUGUUAUGAAGUACUGGAUGCAGAUAGGCUUCCUCCACCGCAUUCUAGGGAUCACCCGAUGUCUGCGAUUCCCAUUGAAGUGGAUUCAUUAGGUGGAGAUGGAAAUGAAAUUCAUUUCUCCAUGGAUGAUCUAAGUGAUACAAACUUGUUGCCAGUCACAGCUGACAUUAAUGUGCAGAAUUCUCCAUCGAUCCAUUUGUUGGAAUCCAAUGAAACUGGAGAGUUCCCUGCAUCUGCGAUUGAUCAAAGAAUAGUUUCAAUUUCUGCUUCGAAACGAGCUGUCAAUUCUCUGCUUCUUCAUGAGCUCAUUGAACAGCUAAGAGGAUGGAUGGAGACGACCUCUGGAGUACGGGCAAUUCCUGUUAUGCAGCUGUUCUAUGGCCUAUCUUCUGCAGUGGGUGGACCUUUCAUGGAUGGCUCAAACCCUGAAAACUUGGAUUUGGAGAAGUUCAUUAAAUGGUUUUUGGAUGAAAUCAAUCUGAACAAACCUCUUUUAACCAAAACCCGUUCUUCCUUUGGGGAAGUUGUAAUCCUUGUCUUCAUGUUCUUCACUUUGAUGUUGCGGAACUGGAAUCAGCCUGGCAGCGAUAGUUCUCUACCAAAAGCAAGUGGCAAUUCGGAUACACAAGAUAAAAGCAUGGUGCAGAUUCCAUCUUCCACUUCAGCUGGUGCUCCAUCUUCCGCAGAUGAUCAAGAGAAAAAUGAGUUCGCUUCCCAGCUCCUUCGGGCCUGCAGCGCUCUUAGGCAGCAGGCUUUUGUUAAUUACUUGAUGGAUAUUUUGCAGCAGCUGGUGCAUGUCUUCAAAUCCCCAAAUGUUAAUUUGGAAACUGGCCAAAGCUUAAAUCCUGGUUCAGGAUGCGGAGCUCUAUUAACAGUUCGGAGAGAGCUACCAGCUGGAAACUUUUCUCCAUUUUUUUCUGAUUCAUAUGCAAAAGCUCACCGUACAGAUAUUUUCAUGGACUACCACAGGCUAUUGUUGGAGAACACCUUCCGACUUCUGUACAGCCUAGUUCGACCGGAAAAGCAAGACAAGGCUGGGGAAAAAGAUAAAGCUUCCAAAGCAUCUUCUGGCAAGGACUUGAAGCUUGAUGGGUAUCAGGAUGUUCUCUGCAGUUACAUCAACAACUCACACACAACAUUUGUACGGAGGUAUGCAAGAAGGCUUUUUCUACAUCUUUGUGGGAGCAAGACUCAUUAUUACAAUGUCCGAGACUCUUGGCAGUUCUCUAAUGAAGUUAAGAAGCUCUACAAACUCAUUAAUAAAUCUGGUGGAUUUCAAAAUCCUGUCCCAUAUGAGAGAAGUGUGAAGUUAGUGAAAUGCCUGUCUUCUAUUUCAGAAGUAGCUGCUGCUAGGCCUCGGAAUUGGCAAAAGUACUGCUCAAGGCAUGGGGAUGUUCUGCCCUUUCUCAUGAAUGGAAUAUUCUAUUUUGGUGAAGAGUCUGUUAUCCAGACUCUUAAGCUUUUCAAUUUGGCCUUCUACACAGGGAAAGACAUGGGCUCCUUCAUGCAAAAAACUGAGGGAGAUGCAGGAACAAGUACUAAUAAGUUAGGUACACCACCAGUAGAUUCAAAGAAGAAGAAGAAAAGUGAUGAUGGAUCUGAGUCUGGUUUGGACAAGUCUUAUCUGGAUAUGGAGUCGGCCGUGCAAAUCUUCAUUGACAAGGAUGGCAGUGUAUUGAGGCAAUUCAUCGAUUGCUUUUUACUGGAAUGGAACUCAACCUCUGUGCGUGUCGAAGCUAAGUGUGUUCUUUAUGGCAUCUGGCAUCAUGGAAAGCAGUCAUUCAAGGAGACCAUGUUAACUGCUCUUUUGCAAAAAAUUAAAUCCCUGCCCAUGUAUGGUCAGAAUAUUGUUGAGUACACGGAACUUGUCACCUGGCUGCUCGGGAAGGUGCCUGAUGGCACUUCAAAGCAACAGGAUACAGAAAUUUUCAACAGAUGCCUGGCACCUGAUAUCAUAAGGUGCAUCUUUGAAACACUUCAUGUGCAGAAUGAGCUGUUGGCUAACCAUCCGAAUUCGCGCAUAUAUAACACCUUAAGUGGUCUAGUUGACUUUGAUGGAUACUAUCUGGAAAGUGAGCCUUGUGUAGCUUGUAGCUGUCCUGAGGUGCCAUAUAGCAGGAUGAAGCUUGAAAGUCUGAAAUCUGAAACAAAGUUCACUGACAACCGUAUAAUUGUGAAGUGUACUGGGAGCUAUACCAUCCAGAGUGUGACUAUGAAUGUACAUGAUGCCCGAAAGUCAAAAUCAGUGAAAGUUUUGAACCUGUACUACAACAAUAGGCCAGUGGCUGACUUGUCAGAGUUGAAAAACAAUUGGUCCUUGUGGAAGCGUGCUAAGAGUUGUCACCUUGCUUUCAAUCAAACGGAGUUAAAAGUGGAGUUCCCUAUUCCCAUCACUGCAUGUAACUUCAUGAUUGAGCUUGACUCCUUCUAUGAGAAUCUUCAGGCUUCAUCCCUUGAGUCCUUGCAGUGCCCCCGUUGCAGCCGCUCUGUCACUGAUAAGCAUGGCAUUUGUGGUAAUUGCCAUGAGAAUGCAUAUCAAUGCAGACAAUGCCGUAAUAUAAAUUAUGAGAAUCUGGAUUCUUUUCUUUGCAAUGAAUGUGGGUAUAGCAAAUAUGGUCGUUUUGAAUUUAAUUUCAUGGCAAAACCAAGUUUCUCAUUUGAUAACAUGGAGAAUGAUGAAGACAUGAAGAAAGGAUUGGUUGCCAUAGAAUCUGAAUCUGAAAAUGCUCACAGGAGGUAUCAACAACUUUUGGGUUUCAAGAAACCCUUGCUUAAGCUUGUAUCUAGCAUUGGUGAAAAUGAAAUUGACUCACAGCAAAAAGACUCUGUCCAGCAAAUGAUGGUCUCUUUGCCUGGACCUUCCUGUAAAAUAAACCGUAAAAUUGCUCUUCUUGGUGUACUAUAUGGUGAGAAGUGCAAGGCAGCUUUUGACUCCGUCAGCAAAAGUGUCCAGACACUUCAAGGGCUUCGUAGGGUCCUAAUGAGUUAUUUGCAUCAGAAGCGUUCGGAUGAUUCAGUGGCUGCAUCAAGAUUUUCAGUUCCAAGAUCGCCAAAUAAUUGCUAUGGCUGUGCCACUACUUUUGUCACGCAAUGUCUGGAGCUCCUACAGGUCUUAGCAAAGUAUCCAAAUUGUAAGAAGCAGCUUGUUGCAGCUGGAAUCCAAUCUGAAUUGUUUGAAAAUAAUAUUCAUCAGGGCCCUAAAACAGCUCGUGUUCAGGCUAGGGCAGUACUUUGUGCUUUCUCUGAAGGUGACACGAAUGCAGUGUCUGAGUUGAACAGUUUAAUACAGAAGAAAGUCAUGUACUGUCUUGAACAUCAUCGCUCCAUGGACAUUGCUCUGGCCACUCGUGAAGAGUUGUUAUUGCUUGCAGAAACUUGUUCUGUGGCUGAUGAGUUCUGGGAAUCGAGGUUACGUGUUGCUUUCCAGUUAUUAUUUUCCUCCAUUAAGAUGGGUGCUAAACAUCCUGCCAUAUCAGAGCAUGUUAUUCUCCCCUGUCUAAGGAUAAUAUCUCAGUCAUGUACUCCACCAACACCUGACACAGAAGACAAAGAACAGGGAGUGGGAAAGUCUGCCUCCAUUCCUCAGGUGAGGGAUGGUAAUAAUGUAAAUCUGUCUCCAUCUUUAACUGGCUUGGUCAGUGGGAGUAAGCCUGUAACAGAUUCAUCAGAGAAACUUUGGGAUGGAUCCCAGAAGUCUCAGGAUAUACAUCUGUUGAGCUAUUCUGAGUGGGAGAAGGGGGCUUCAUAUCUUGAUUUCGUAAGGAGGCAGUAUAAAGUAUCUCAGGCAGUCAAAGGAGCAGGCCAGAGGUCUCGACCCCAGAGGGCUGAUUACCUAGCUCUCAAGUAUGCGCUUAGAUGGAAACGCCAUACCUGUAGAAGGACAGCUAAGAGUGACUUGUCAACAUUUGAGCUAGGUUCAUGGGUCUCAGAGUUGGUACUGAGUGCGUGUUCACAAUCCAUAAGGUCAGAGAUGUGCACCCUUAUUAGUGUGCUUUGUGGACAGAGUUCAUCAAGGCGGUUUAGAUUGUUAAAUUUGCUCAUGUCAUUGCUACCGGCAACUCUUUCUGCUGGUGAAAGUGCAGCAGAGUAUUUUGAAUUACUGUUCAAGAUGACAGAAUCUGAAGAUGCGCGACUCUUCUUGACUGCUCGGGGAUGUCUAACUUCCGUAUGUAAAUUAAUAACUCAAGAGGUUGGCAAUGUUGAAUCACAGGAGAGGAGCCUCCAUAUAGACAUAUCCCAGGGAUUUAUCCUUCAUAAGCUGAUUGAACUUCUUAGUAAAUUUCUGGAGGUUCCCAACAUCCGAUCACGAUUCAUGCGAGAUGAGUUACUGUCUGAAGUUCUUGAAGCUCUACUGGUUAUUAGGGGUCUGAUAGUUCAGAAGACUAAGUUAAUUAGUGAUUGCAAUCGACUCCUAAAAGAUCUUCUGGACAGUCUUCUUCUUGAGAACAGUGAAAACAAACGGCAGUUCAUCCGGGCCUGCAUAUCUCGUUUGCAAAUCCAUGGAGAGGAACGAAAAGGACGAACUCUGUCACUUGUGCAGUUUAUUUUGGAGCAACUCUGCAACAUGAUCUGUCCUUCAAAGCCCGAGCCUGUGUAUCUCUUGGUUCUGAACAAGGCACAUACACAAGAGGAGUUUAUCAGGGGAUCAAUGACUAAGAAUCCUUAUUCCAGUGCUGAAAUCGGUCCCUUGAUGCGUGAUGUUAAAAACAAGAUUUGCCAUCAGCUGGAUCUCUUGGGUCUUCUUGGGGAUGACUAUGGCAUGGAGUUGCUGGUAGCUGGCAAUAUAAUCUCUCUUGACUUGAGCAUUGCUCAAGUUUAUGAGCAGGUCUGGAAGAAAUCACAUAGCCAGUCAAGUACCAUGUCUAAUGCAGCUUUGCUAUCAUCUAGUGCAUUUACAUCUGCACGAGAUUUUCCACCAAUGGCUGUAACGUACCGACUUCAGGGAUUAGAUGGUGAAGCUACCGAGCCCAUGAUUAAAGGAUUGGAAGAGGACAGAGAAGAAUCACAGGAUCCUGAGGUUGAGUUUGCAAUAGCAGGAGCUGUUCGGGAGUACGGGGGGUUGAAAAUUAUCUUGAGCAUGAUUGAGCGUUUGCGUGAUGAUGACUUAAAGUCCAACCAAGAGGAGCUGGUUUCAGUUCUCAAUCUUCUCAUGUACUGCUGCAAGAUAAGAGAAAACCGACAGGCCCUGUUACGCCUAGGAGCUCUGGGUCUGCUUCUUGAAACAGCAAGGCGUGCCUUCUCAGUGGAUGCCAUGGAGCCAGCUGAGGGAAUCCUUUUGAUUGUUGAGAGUCUUACAAUGGAAGCAAAUGAGAGUGAUAUUAGCAUAACUCAGAGUGUUCUCACAGUUACCAGUGAUGAAACUGGCACUGGGGAACAGGCCAAAAAGAUAGUCCUCAUGUUCUUGGAGAGGUUAUGCCACCCUUCAGGUCUUAAAAAGUCCAAUAAGCAGCAGAGGAACACUGAGAUGGUUGCAAGGAUCUUGCCUUAUCUGACUUAUGGAGAACCUGCAGCAAUGGAAGCACUCAUCCAGCAUUUCAAUCCAUAUCUACAAGAUUGGGGUGAAUUUGACCAGCUGCAAAAACAGCAUCAGGACAACCCGAAGGAUGAGAGCAUAGCUCAGCAAGCGGCCAAACAGUGGUUUGCGUUGGAGAACUUUGUCAGAGUGUCCGAGUCUCUAAAAACAAGUUCCUGUGGGGAGAGACUUAAAGACAUUAUUUUGGAGAAGGGUAUCAUUGGUGUUGCUGUUAGAUACUUGAAGGAGACAUUUGCAGUUACUGUGCAGGCUGGCUUUAAGUCCAGUGCAGAAUGGGCUCUUGGUCUAAAACUGCCGUCAGUCCCACUUAUAUUGUCCAUGCUGAGGGGACUUUCAAGGGGCCAUUUAACCACUCAAAGAUGCAUAGAUGAGGGUGGGAUCUUACCGCUGCUUCAUGCUUUGGAGGGUGUAUCUGGAGAAAGUGAGAUAGGUGCAAGAGCUGAGAACUUGCUAGAUACACUAGCUGAUAAGGAAGAUAAAGGGGAUGGAUUCCUAGGGGAGAAGGUGCGAAGUUUGCGACAUGCUACCCGUGAUGAGAUGCGGCGUCGGGCUCUGAGGAAGAGAGAAGAGUUGUUGCAGGGGCUUGGCAUGCGGCAAGAACUUGCAUCAGAUGGUGGUGAGCGCAUCAUUGUUGCCCGGCCAGUCAUAGAAGGCUUGGAAGAUGUGGAGGAAGAGGAGGAUGGGCUGGCUUGCAUGGUUUGCCGGGAGGGUUACAGUUUGAGACCCGGUGACAUAUUGGGUGUUUACUCAUACAGUAAGCGAGUCAAUCUUGGUGUUGGGACUUCAGGGAGCACCCGUGGGGAGUGUGUUUACACAACUGUCAGCCAUUUCAACAUCAUACACCUCCAGUGCCAUCAGGAAGCCAAAAGAGCUGAUGCUGCUCUGAGGAAUCCAAAAAAGGAGUGGGAAGGGGCCACCCUGAGAAACAAUGAGACCCUUUGCAAUUGCAUAUUCCCCUUGAGAGGCCCAUCCGUUCCCAUGGCACAAUAUGUCCGCUGUGUUGACCAGUACUGGGACAAUCUCAAUGCCCUUGGACGUACAGAUGGGAGCCGUCUUCGGUUGUUGACCUAUGACAUUGUUCUGAUGCUCGCACGAUUUGCAACUGGUGCUGCAUUCAAUAGAGACUGCAAAGGAGGGGGAAGAGAAAGCAACUCCCGGUUUCUUCCUUUCAUGAUUCAGAUGGCACAUCAUCUUCUGGAGCAAGGAAGCUCUACCAAUCGUCGGACCAUGGCAAAAACUGUCUCAACAUACUUAACCUCCUCUACUACGGAUUCCAAACCUUCCACUUCUCCUGGGAUGAGGCCUUCUGUUGGAACUGAAGAAACUGUCCAAUUCAUGAUGGUGAACUCACUACUUUCCGAAUCCUAUGAAUCCUGGUUGAGACAUCGCCGAGCCUUCUUGCAGCGUGGAAUAUAUCAUGCAUACAUGCAGCACACCCACGGCCGGUCCACUCUCCGUCUCUCUUCUGAUCCAACAAGCAUUGUAAGAUCAGAAACCGGAAGCAGCAGUGAAACCGUAGCAACAGGGACUGGAGGGGAUCAUGACUUGUUCCAGGUCGUUCAGUCAAUGCUUGUAUACACUGGUCUGAUUGAACAAUUGCAGCGGUUCUUCAAACUGAACAAGUCAGGGAAUGUGGCUCCUGGAAGAGCAGAAGGAACAUCUACGGAAACAGAGGGAGAUGAUGACAAUGGAGCCUUGGAAGAGUGGGAGGUUGUGAUGAAAGAGAAACUAGUCAAUGUGAAGGAGAUGGUGGGGUUCUCAAAGGAGCUAUUGUCAUGGCUUGAGGACAUAACAACUGCUGCAGACUUGCAAGAGGCGUUUGAUAUCAUGGGUGUGUUACCUGAUGUUCUCACUGGUGGGGUUUCACGCUGUGAAGACUUUGUGCAUGCUGCAAUCAACGCUGGGAAGAGCUAAAAUAGUCUAUUUUAAGUGCAAAAGGAGCCUGCUAUGUGUUGCUUAGUCUGCUUGGAGGAUUUCGUGGUUAGAGCUUGGUGGGUUUGGUUAUUUUCUUGUGAUUAAAAUGAGUUCUUAAGUUAUAUAUUAGGUUCAAGUGGAGGGCGUUUGUAUUAGAAAUCUUGAACUAGCCUCCAAAUUGUGGAAGUUUUUGUUCGAACGCAUAACAGUUCCUCAUAAUGAAAAGAGUUCUCUCAGAA